AUGCUCUUUCUGCUGCACCCCGCCUUGCUGUUGCUCCUGGGCGCCACGCUGACCUUCCGGGCGCUCCGACGCGCUCUCUGUUGCCUACCCCUGCCGGCGCACGUGCGUGCCGACCCCCUGCGCACCUGGCGUUGGCACAACCUACUCGUUUCCUUUGCCCACUCCAUAAUUUCAGGGGUCUGGGCGCUGCUGUGUGUAUGGCAGACCCCCGAAAUGCUAGUGGAGAUUGAGACGGCAUGGUCGCUUUCUGGCUAUCUGCUAGUUUGCUUCUCUGCAGGUUAUUUUAUUCAUGACACAGUGGACAUCGUGGUGAGCCAUCAGGCUCGUGCUUCUUGGGAAUAUCUUGUUCAUCAUGUCAUGGCCAUGGGUGCCUUCUUUUCAGGAAUCUUUUGGAGCAGCUUCGUUGGUGGGGGUGUCCUAACGCUACUGGUGGAGGUCAGCAACAUUUUCCUCACCAUUCGCAUGAUGAUGAAGAUCAACAAUGCCCAGGAUCUCCUGCUAUACCGGGUCAACAAGUAUGUUAACCUGGUCAUGUAUUUUCUCUUCCGCCUAGCCCCGCAGGGCUACCUCACUCAUUUCUUCCUGCGUUACGCGGACCAGAGGAACCUGGGCACCUUUCUACUGAGCGUCCUGCUCAUGUUGGACAUAAUGAUCCUCAUCUACUUUUCCCGCCUCCUCCGCUCGGAUUUCUGCCCUGAACGUGUCCCCAGCCCGAAGCACAAAGACAAAUUCUUAACUGAGUGA